CUUCCCAUCUGCAAGGCUGCUAAUUCCGCUGCACCAAAGACUCAUUGCCUUCAUUACCAAACCGCGGAAAUCGCUACUCCACCCGCGCGCAGAUUCAAUUCCCCGGCCUCCCUGUCGACUCUCAGUCUCAAGAGGAAACCGCGAAACCCCGCCUAGAAAGCUUUCCGCAGCCCGCAAUCCCAGCACAGGAAGAACUCCACCACCGCCUGCAGCAGCACCCCUACCAGUCCAGUAAUCGCCGUCAAGUACAGCCCGCCCGCAGCAAGAUCAGCACCAUGGGCUCCCGCGCGGCAGUGCCCAAGCACCUGAACUUCAUCACCGGCAACAAGAACAAGCUCGCCGAGGUCCAAGCUAUCCUUGAAGGCGUCAUCGAGCUGAGGAAUCAGAAUGUCGACUUGGUAGAGAUCCAGGGUACGGUGGAGGAAGUCACACUAGACAAGGCCCGGCGAGCAGCAGAUGCAAUCAAUGGUCCCGUGCUUGUGGAAGACACAUGUCUCUGCUUCAAAGCUAUGAACGACCUCCCAGGACCUUACAUCAAAUGGUUCAUGCUCGCCCUUGGCCCCGCGAAAUUACACCACAUGCUCGAUGGCUUCGACGACAAGUCGGCACAAGCCGUGUGCACGUUUGCGUACUGCGAGGGCCCGGGCCACGAACCGGUGCUUUUCCAGGGCAGAACGGACGGGAAGCUGGUUGCCAGCAGAGGUCCUACGGUCUUCGGCUGGGACUCGUGCUUCGAGUACGAAGGCACAACGUACGCGGAGAUGGACAAGAGCGAGAAGAACAAGAUCUCGCACCGCGGGAAAGCGCUGGACAAGCUCAAAGUGUGGCUCGCGAGCAAGGUCGACGCGUAGUGCCCACACCCAGCUCCUGUACCAUACCAUACCCCCAAUCAAAGAAAACCAAAUCCAACUCACCAUCCACCGCACCCAC